ACUGAUUGCAUUUUCACUGCGCCGGUAAACCAAGAAGGUUUUGUUUUCUAUAUUCUCCGCAAUCGCAAAGACAAAGUAUUAAAUUCCAGCAAAAAUGUUGACCUCCGUUUUUUGCAUGCGGCUUAACACUUACGGUGUUGUUAUUGGGUGGCUGGGAGUGAUUUUCUCCUUUUUGGCCACGAUCCUGUUGUCCGUGGCUUUGGGAUUCGUAGAUAAAAUUGCGCAGCAGAUCGUCGACACUGAAAAAAAUGACAUGACCGUCAGCGAUGUUCGCAAUGUGCUUAUCAUACUUUUCAGUAUCUACCUGGCUCUUAAAGUGAUUAAUCUUCUGGCCUCGGCCAUGCUGGUCGUGGGUACCGUUAAGGAACGUCAUCUGCUCCUGCUUCCCUGGCUGAUUAACAACGGUGUGAUCCUGGCCCUUUCUAUCGUCACACAUAUUGGACUCUGGGCCCAGGUCAUCGGAUCCGCGAUGCCCUUCAUGAGCGCCCUACCCAUUUUAUUGAUCUCGGUGUCUGUUCUCCUGCUCAGCUGGUAUCUGUACUACGGGAUCUACUCGCUCUUCAAGCAGAUCCAGGCCUCCAGUGAUCUGCAGCGCCCGCUUAUCCCGCCGGUAUCCCAGCAGACCAACUCCUAUCCCAGCUACACCAAGAUAUAAGCUGUUAAGGUGUCCUGGACGGCGUCGAAUACUUUUCGAAUCCUUUCAAUGCAGCUUCCUUAAUUAACCCCAUUCUUCAUUGCUAGUAACAUUAUAAUUAGGUACUAUGCAGCAGAGAAGGAAUAUUAUGUACACCCUAUAUAUUUACUUACACGCGUCUCUAUUUUUAUCUAUUUGAACGAAAUUGCCAAAAUUCGAUUUUCCUAUUGGCUCUGAAAAUAUAUUUUGUAUACACACAUGA